CAGUUAUGUUUUGAGAAAGGAGACAUAAUAACUGUAACCCAGGCAUUAGAUGGAGGUUGGUGGGAAGGAACAUUAAAAGGAAAGACAGGAUGGUUUCCUAGUAAUUAUGUGAAAGAUUUCAAAUCAGGUCAUGGUACUGGGAUGAAAUCUAAUAGAAAUUCAGAUGUCAGUGUAAUCAAAAGAGAGAGUAUGCAGUUAUAUCAUAAUGUUGUUUUAAAGAAUGUGAUUGAAACUGAAAGAACUCAUGUAUCUGAACUAACCAAAGUCCUCAAGAGUUAUUUAUUACCACUACAAGGAACUGGCAUAUUAAACCCUGGUGAAUUUUGUCAGUUAAUUGGUAACUUAGAAGAUAUUGCAGCAUUCCAAAAAAUAUUCCUGGCAUCUUUAGAAGAAUGUGAAAAACUGCCGCCAUCCCAGAGAAGAAUAGGGGGUGUUUUUAUGCAGCAUGCUGAACAAUUAAGAAACCUGUACAUUCAAUAUUGUUCUAAUCAUCCUUUAGCUGUCUCCAUAUUACAACGCCAUAGAGAAGCAUUAAGUCGGUAUAUGGAAACAUUGGGUGUACCAGCACCAGGUUCUAUGACUUUAACUACACAUUUAUCUAAAGCUUUCACAAGACUAGAAAAAUACCCCAGUUUAUUAAAAGAAUUAGAGAGACACAUUGAGGAAAGUCAUCCAGAUAGAGGUGAUACACAAAGAGCUAUAGCUGUUUAUAGAGAUAUAGCUAAUUCCUGUAUGGAAAUAAGGAAAUUAAAAGAAAUGGAACAUGAAAUAGUUGCUAGUAAUAUUAAAGAUUGGGAAGGAGAGGAUAUAACUAAACUAGGUGAAGUUAUACAUCUAUCACAAGUUAAAAUACAUACAAAUACUGGUGAGAAAUAUGAACGUAUUUGUAUAUUGUUUCCACAUUGUCUAGUCAUGUUGUCUAUGAGUCCAAGAUUAAGUGGUUACCAAUAUGAGGCUAAACUACCAUUAAGUGGUCUAGUAGUAACAAGAUGUGAAGCAGGAGAUAGGUAUCCUAAUGGUUUCGAAAUCUCAGGGAACAUGAUAGAACCAAUGGUUAUUACUUGUGGAACUAAGAAUGAAGUUUUAACUUGGGUUGAUAUUUUAAGACAACAAAUUAAACAAGCUAUUAAUACUGGCUCAACUAAACCACAAAGUUUACAGGUAAAGAUAGUCAAAAAAAGAGUGAAUCUUAAAGAUGGGUUUCCUUGUUAUUUUUCACAGCCAAGCAUCAGUACAAUGACACCAGCUAAAACAGCCAAAGUUUCUCAAACUGGUCUGAUGAAAUCCAACAGCACCUGGAGCAUGUCUUGUUUACGUCCUUUUCCACCCAUCAGACCAUCUUUAGCUUGUAGAGAAGAUGCUUUAAAAAGUCCUAAAGCAGCCCGGAAAUCAGUUCAAAGCAAAAGGAAACCAGGUAUGUGGCUUAUUAUUGUAUUUGCUUUAUAUUAUGAUCCUAAGGUUUAUAAUGAAGAUGCGUUUAUAUUAGAAGUUAUAGAAGCCUAUCAUAAUAGUGCUAAAACCAGGCAUACAUUAACAUCAUUUCAUCUCAAUCCCCAAGUUUUGGUUGCUGAAGAUGAGAAAAUCAUGGAUGUGGAUGGUUUGACAGAGACAACAUUGGUAGACAGUGUUUAUGCUUUGAAAGAUAAAGUUAAAGAUCUAGAACAGGAACAGAAAAAGUUAAAGAGAGAUAUAGAUGAUGAAAGAAAAGAAAGAAAGAAACUCGAACAAAUUGUUAAAAAAUGUCUAGGAACCAAUAUAUUUGAAGUCUCAAAAGAAGAAAGUAUUACGUGA